AGUGAUCAACCGAGUUUUCAUACCUUAACACUAUGCUGUAUCGGAUCGACAUGACCUGCUCUAAGACGUCGGUGACUCUUUUCUUAGGUCUUAUUUUAUCUACAGCCGGUUUUGUUCUUACUCUGGCCGGUUGGUUUGCCCCUCCAAUAAAUUCAUACGUUGAACGAAUCCGGUUAACCGGUCCCAUAAUUCUUCUAAUCGGUAUGGGAUUACUAAUAAUCUCGUGUCUGUUAUGCGUCUACGUGCAGGGAAAAUGUUGCUCAUUCUGCUAUUCGGACGCCUCUGCAUUGAAGGAGUCGUUCGAUUCCUCUCCAACUUCUCAAGCCUUCCAAUCUCCAUCGGCCACCUCAGCCGGUCUAGGGGAAGAAUACAAUUGCGUUCACCUCAAUGAGGAGAAAACGAAAAAACGGAAAACGAGGACUAAUAAUUUGGAUACAGUUACCUACUUGCCACCAGACAAUCCUACAGCGUCACUUGUAGGACUAGAUGAGGAGCCAUCAACAUCAGCAGCAGAUCACCCUUUAAGGGUUGGCCCUCCGCCUUCGUACGGCGAUUUGCAGUUGCGUCGUAGCGAACGGCGAAAAGUCAAAUGCAGUUCCAUUGAAGAGGACACGUUCAUUUUGUGA